GUGGGUGUUGCUACUGGUCGGGCCGGGGUCCUGGUGGCGCGGCUCCUCGGCCGCCCUGGCCUCGCUUUUGCCUGGCCGAAGCAUGGAGGAGAAGCCGGUCUCUGAGCCCAGCGAGCAGGGGAGCUCUCCUCCGCCGGCCAAGAGGCAGCGGCGGCGGCUGCUGCUGGCGGCCAAGAGGCAGGCGAGGCGGCCCGGGCCGCUCGAGGAGGGCGAGAAGCGCUACGUGCCGCCUCCGCAGAAGCGGAACCCCGGCGUCAGCUUCGGCGAGGCUCACUUCGCGGAGACCAGCUACUACUUCGAGGGCGGCCUUCGCAAGGUGCGGCCCUACUACUUCGACUUCCAGAACUACUGCAAGGGCCGCUGGGUGGGCAAGAGCCUCCAGCACGUCUUCAGCACCGAGUUCCGCGCCCAGCCCCUCGAGUGCUACCAAGCCGCGGCCCGAGCCGGCCGCCUGCGGCUCAACGAGCAGCCGGUGCGGGACCUCAGCGUCAUCCUCAAGAAUAAUGACUUUCUGAAGAAUACAGUACAUCGCCACGAACCUCCAGUCACAGCACAGACUAUUGAGUUUCUGGAAGAAAAUGAUGAGGUUGUGGUUGUAAACAAACCUUCAUCUUUACCAGUCCAUCCUUGUGGCAGAUUUCGGCACAACACUGUCAUCUUUAUUUUGGGUAAAGAACAUAACCUGAAGGAGCUUCACACUAUUCAUCGGCUUGAUCGGUUGACAUCAGGUGUCCUCAUGUUUGCCAAGUCAGUAGAGGUGUCCAAGAGGAUUGAUGAGCAAGUUCGACAGCGGCAGCUGGAGAAGGAAUACGUGUGCCGUGUGCUUGGAGAGUUUCCCGAAAAUGAGGUGACCUGUGAAGAGCCCAUCCUGGUUGUAUCUUACAAAGUGGGUGUGUGUCGUGUGGACCCCAAGGGUAAAGUGUGUAAAACGGUCUUCCGGAGGCUCAAUUACAAUGGCAACACGAGUGUGGUGAAGUGUUAUCCUUACACUGGCCGCACCCAUCAGAUCCGCGUCCAUCUACAGUUUUUGGGACACCCGAUUGUGAACGACCCCAUCUACAACACUGAUGCCUGGGGGCCAGCAAAGGGCAAAGGUGGCAAACUCAGUAAAACGGAUGAGGAGCUGCUUCGAGCAUUGGUGGAGGGACACCUUUCGAAGCAGAGUCUGGAUGUCUUGGACGUUGCUGAAGAAGACCUGAAACCACUUGUAGGAGAUAAUGUGCAGGAGACUCCAGGGAAUUGUGUUAAGCCUGGGCAGGCCGCCCUUGCAAAUGUCAAUUCUGGCAGUACUGAAGCGUCUAACGAUGAAGGUCAGAGUGAAAUACUGGGGUGUUCUCAGGAUUUCGCCCAGAUGCACAAGGCAGAGAGUGGAAAAAUGUGUCCAAGUGAGCACCUGGAAGAAAAAGAUCCUCUGUGUGAAGAAUGCAAAAUAGUGAGGCCUGAUCCAUCACCCAAAGACCUGGUCAUGUAUCUCCAUGCCUUGCGCUACAAGGGAGCAGAUUUUGAAUACUGCUCCAGGAUGCCUGCCUGGGCACAGGAUGAUUGGGAAGAGACCUGAGACUUUAAAAAUGUUUUGUAAAGGGUGUGUGGGUGUGGGUGUAAGUAAGAGAGACAUGUUUUCCCACUAAUGUUUUUAUCAUCAAGGGCAAUUGAGUGGAGGAAGACUUCCUUUUUAGUUAGUGUGAAGAAGUCAUUAAAACAAGAAUGUUUUCACGAGGUAGCUUUUCCGUGGUUUGUUUUAUGUAUUUCAGGUCUCUUUUUAUAGCAGAGAAACUAGAUAGAAUUAUUUGAAGAUGCAAAGCUUCUUACCAGACAAGAAUGUUCUUAAUUUGAAAUAUCAUUUGUAAAGUACCUAUAUACAGGUCACACCAUGCAGUCUUUCAGUGUAAAUGGUUUGUAAAUAAUGAAUGUGGUUCGUUUGCUUAACGUUGGCAAUCGGCAUGUUAACUUUUCAUUUACAUUUCCCUUUUGUAUCUGUACAAGAGCUGUUAGGAUGUAAAGGUCUCUGUAAAUAACUUAUUUCUGA